GACGUCCCCUCCCUGGAGGAGAAGAUGCAGGAGCUGGAUGUGAACAAGGACGAGGAGCUGAAGUUCAGCGAGUACUGGCGGCUCAUGGGGGAGCUGGACUGCCAGGAGCUCACCGACGUGGAGCGCGCCAUCGAGACUGUCAUCAACCAGUUCCAUUGCUACGCAGUGAAGGGACAGAAGGAAUAUCUGACCCCCAACGAGAUGCAGGAGCUGGUGGUGCAGAAGCUGCCCCACUUGGGGAAGUGUGUUGGACCACUGGAAGAGAAGAUUGAAUGCAUGGGAGACCCUGACGAGGCUAAGCUGGAGUUUGGAGAGUACUGGGACAUGAUGGGGGAUGCAGCCAAGGGCUGCCGGAGGAAGUAG